AUGAACGAGUCAGACACCUAUGUGGCCGAAACAUAUGCAAAAAUCGGCGAUUGCCUUGAACGUAUGGCUCGUGUCGAACCGGACAAAGUGUUGGCUCGAACUGAAGUACGAGCAUCGGAUGGAAUGCAUAAAAUGAAGAAGGUGAGCGCUUUCAUAGGUGUUCGUGGGAGACAAAUAUUAAUUUUUUGUGGAUGGGAGGGGGAGGGGGAAGGGGGAGAGCACAGGGUAGCCCAGUCGAAGUUUCUUAUCAAAAAACAGAAUCCAUUGACUGAUGGAGGAGCCCUAUGGGAGCCCAGAGGCACUCUGUUGGUUUAUCAUCACUAGAA